AAAUUACAGCAAUUAGUCACGAAAACAGAGCAAAAAACUGAAAAAAAAACAGCAACAACAAUCAUGAAAAAUAAAGAUUAAUUAGGUGUUGAAUUUGUUUGUCUAAGGCAUGAAAUUUCUACUAAGAAUAUUGUCAACAAAAAGUCUCUGAGCUUGACUGUUCCAAGGUUUUCUAACAAAGGCAACCAGUAAUGUAGGUUAGGGAAGUAACUUAUGUUUAUAACUAACAAAGUUCUUUAAGUGUAGAUAACAAUGUAAUUAUUGUUAAUUAUUGUGGAAGUUGUGUACCAAGGAACAGCUAAUGAAUGUUUGAUGAUUUUGACACAUCAGUGAACAUGAGACAUUAAUUUGCAUCACAAUAAAAAUUAUUUUUUGAUCAUGGAAUCCAAGAGUCCUUUCACAUUAGAAAGAAAAUCUGUGAUAUGAGUUAAUUGGCAAUUUCCAUUUAACAUAACUGACUGCUGGUUCAUGAGAAAAUCCAUAUUAAUGUAAAGAUUUACUAAAACUUAGUUUGAAUAAUAAAUUUCAUGAUCUUUAAGUUAUAAACAUAUACAUGUAUGAAUAUCUCUUGGUAAGUUUUGUAUAGCAUACCUUUUAUUGAGCCAAAGUUUUAAGCCUCUGAAAUUACUCCUUUUCUUAAAACCUUCACAUUCAAGGUAUUGAGAAUUUCUUAGAAUUUAUGUGGACCUCAGGGUAUUAAAAUUGCCUCAAAUUCAAUUCCCAGAAAUUCCCAAGAGUUCCACACUUCUUAAAUUAUAGGUAGUUUGUAAAGCUUAGAAUUCCUAGGAAUUCCUAGGGAUUCCAAGUCCUCACAAAACUGGAGUCUUCCUUUCCCAGAAAUUCCCAGUAAUUCCAAGCUUUUGAAAUCAGAGUUAAUUUGCAUAGUUGGGAAUUUUUGAGAAUUCCCAGAAAACUGGGAAUUCAGUUUGCAAGGGUUAUUUGCAUAAUUGGGAAUUUUUGAGAAUUCCUAGGAAUUCCCAGAAAACUGGGAAUUCAGUUUGCAAGGGGUUCUUGUUCAUAUGCAUGGCUAAAUUAAUUCAUGGAGGCUUGGGAAUGUAAGGUCACAUAUGCAUUAAUACUGUGAUAGUUAUUUAUUUUUAUUUUUUUACAACAUAAAUGUUUGUUUUAUUUAGGCGCUCCUGAAGGAACCACCAAGAAUCUUGAAAAGUUGAAAGAUGCAAUCAAAAAAUGUGAAAGUAAAGUCAAGAGCAAAGGAGUUCCUAAACUUGAACUAAAAGUUAAAUUAGAGAAAGCUGCAUUUGAAAAGGGCUUCAUUGUUUCUGAUAAUGAUGGAGGGGGAAAUUGUUUGUUCCAUGCUUUAUCAGAACAACUGUCACUUGCUAAAGAAGAUCCAAUUCCACAUGAUGUAUUAAGGAAAACAUUAGUUCAAUACCUCAAAGAGAACCAAAUAAUGGUAGGUUUUGUUUGGUAUUUAUAAGUGCUUACUUAGCACUAUGUCAAUAAUAUUGCUCAUUUAGUUACAUAAUCAAAUAUUGCAUUUUUAAACUUCCUUCUGGAUUCACAGUGUUUCACCAUGACCAAUUGCAGCCUUCUUUCCACAGUUAACACAUUUGAGCUGAGGCAUCUUCUCCAAGUUUCUUUACUUUUUCUAAAUAGCCUGACUUUGCAUUUGGAAACACCAAUUUCACAUUCAGUUUCAUGGUUUCCAUUUUGCUGGGCUCUGCAAAUUUCUGAUCACUCGUAAUACAGUGUGAUUGUAAUGUUUAUGUCAUCAGCUGUUUCUUAAAUACUCUACUAAACUUAUUCAUGGAUCAAAAUAGGAAAUAUUUCAUUGGUUGAUCAAUAUUUAACUUGAGCUAAUAGAGACCAAUUACAACAAAGCUUUUAUUUUUUAAUGUUUUAAGCAAAUUACUUGCACAACAAACAAUAGGACCCAUGUAUAAUAUGCAAUUUUGAUUUUGUGUUUUUCAAUGCUUACUCUAAUCCUCUAAAUACCUAAUUUCUUGAUUCUUCUUUCAGAAAAAUGGAACUGAUCUGUUCAGCCUGUUAGACAGUGAUCAGCAUAGCCAUUUUGGUACAUGGGAGGAGUACCUAACACACAUGGCAAAGGAUGGUAUUUGGGGUGACGAAAUUGUAAUCUUUGCAGCAGCAAACAACUACAAAAGAGAUAUUAAUGUGAUCAGGCCACUACCUGGAGAUGAAAUAUUGGUAAUCCCUAUCAAACCAGAAUGUGAAGUAAAAGGUGGAAAUCCAAUUUGGCUGGGGCACAUAUAUGAUUGCCAUUUUGUCAGCCUUCUUAAAGGUACAACAUUCAUAAAGUUCAUUACAAUGCAUAUAGAUCUUUUGUAAGUGACUGGUGUCCUACCAAUUUGUUUUAGCUAUCAUACUGGUUAUACAAAUAUGAAAGCAAUCUUCGUGGUAAUGAUUACAGCACCAAUGAAUAAUUCAUGGUAUGAGAAGAAAUAUCUUUUACAGUUCAAGAUGUAAAAACAAAAACCUUUCAAAAACAUUGAAAAGUACUGUCCUGGGCUUACCCAUUUAGCAGCUCUUUAUUUUUUAGGUCAGUGUGCAAAUGUGUGUCUCAAAACAUCAAAGGCAUGGUCAAUGGAUGCAAACAUUUCUUGAAUGAAAUAGAGGCAACAGAUAAUUAACUAUCAAUUAUUGAUUAUUAUAAUAAUAAGUAAGACUUAAUUAAUUUGAUUACUAUAAAUUAAAAUUGUAAUUUUAAACACCUUAAGAUCAUUAUUAAUUAUUUUUCUAAUUUACUAGGCUCAGACGUAUAUACAGUUUAUGUGUGAACAUUUACUCUCUCAAUAAUGAAUUAAUUAUCAAUAUUCUCAGCAGGACUUAGUAAAGAUACCAAAAUAGAUGUGAACUUCUCUCACCUAAAUUUGUUAUUAACAGCACCAGUACCUUCAUCAGAUCAACAUACCGAUGGGACUAGGCCGCAAAAGUGUAAUGAAGAGAGGGACAAGCAGCAUGAACUUGUGUCUGGUAAUUAUUUUUUAAAUGAUUGUCAUUAGUAUUUGUUUGCUCAUGUUCACCGACUGAAGGGUUUCUUGUUAUUGGCUCUCCAGUUAUCUAAAAAGUGUGAGGCAUUAGAACUCGACCAAAAUAAGAUGGUAAAAUAUCCAUACUUGGACAAAAUCUGUAUGCUUGUUCCCUGGCUGCUAUUGUUAUUAUUCCUUUUUAAUGCCAUUUUAGAAUGUUCGUCAUUUUAAUUUGUUUGUGUUUUUUCUCAACCUAAUUUGUAAGUCAAAUUAAAAGUAGAUUCUUAAGGAUUAUUUCCAUGUGCGUAUUUUAAAUAGGUCAUGAGAAGCCACCCUUCGGAAUUAAAAGAAGCUCUUCUCUGGAGUCUGUUGAGAAAAGUAAGAGGUCACCUUUUAUCUAACCAUUUAAAACAAAGAUGGUGUAGGAUUUAGCCUUAAGUGCAAGCAUGUGAUGUUUUGGGUUUUGCUAAAUCAAAAACAGAGGUCACGAUAAUUGUAAAGAGUUCAACUUAGUUUAUCUACUUUAUUAUACACAGUUUUAGUUAGGUUUAAUUGGUGUGGCAAUAUCUAUAUACAAAUACGUCGAUUUUAAAUUUCUAAGUGACUGAGUUUAUGCAGUAGGUCAUUGUUAAUAGUCCGUAAUAUGAUCUAUCCAAGGUUACGCCAUCUUACAUUAUUUUACGCCAUUCUACCAUAUUAGCCAUGAUAAGGGACCGUGGGGUACUAUAGAACAGAGCUGAAAUACAGACGGAAGACGGAAGGACAAAAUGGCCGCACUUAAUGAUCAAAACUCUGAUUUGUUUUUCCAUAUUUUGGGCAUGACCUCUUAAGUUCAUUAUAGAGAACACUUUAAUGGUUUCAAUAGUUUUGUUUUCGUCUUUUGGGCACCCUUUCUGCAGUUUACAUAAUUAUGUGGAAAAGCCGAAGGAUGUAUUUGAUAAACUAGAGGCCAAAAUACCUGAAAAUGAGAUAAUAGCGAGAUAAUAAAUCCCUUAUUCGAUGGUUUAACAUGAAAUUCGAGGAGAAAUUUUGCUCAUUCCUCGUAAUCUUCCUCACCCCGUAAAAUACUAUGCAACUCGCGAAAUAUCCGUCUGUAUUACAUGUUAAACUAUUGAAUGAGAUGAAAAUAUGGCACUAGUAUCAAUAUCACAAUUAGCUAUGACAAAUGCACUAUUAAGAUGUAACAUGUAUGACGUGUACAAUAAAGGAAGAACUCAGGAAUUGAUUCACUUUUAACAACUAAAAAAAUAAUUUUCAGAGACUGCUUUACCUGUUAAUCUGUUGGUGAUAGUAAUAAUCAUAUAUAUAGCAAUCACAUCAAGACCCUGGCGUUAAUUUGCAUUGCACCAUUACUUGACCUCGCUAAUUUAGGUUUGUGUUAUUGAACUCUCUACGCACACGUGCUGUCAAGUUUUUUUUUUCAUUUUAGUUGAUACGAGUUGAAAUAAUCGUGUGGUAGACUCAACCAAUAAUUCCUUACAAGGGAAUGGCAAUAGAAGUCAUAGAAGAAACUGGGAGAAGAAAAGCAUGGAAACGUUCAAGAUUCAAACAGGGUUUAAAACGGUGCCUACGAACUAAUAAAUGAGGAGCAAAACCACAUGAUUGUUUCACGUAUUAAGGAAUUUAAUCAGUAUAUUGUAAAUUCAUUUAUUUUGAUUUGAGAAUUCAAAAAAAUAUAUAUUAGGGAAAAAAGAAACUAGAGGUGACAUAUGUAGAGUUUCAACAUCCAUAAAUCGGGUACAAUCAAGUCCCAAAUAGAAGUAUCAUAGAAAUUCAUUCUUUUUCCAAAAGUCAGAAGUGGUAACAUUCCUCCUGAAUGGUUUCCCUACCUUGCAUUGGAUAUACAAGGCAACAUGAAGUGGAGAAGGUUGGGGAACAGUUUAGAUCUGAGUAAUGCGGAACUCAAUGGUAUUGAGCAAGACAACGAUGAGGAAUACGAGCGAAGUUAUAAGAUGCUGAUAACUUGGUGGCAAAAAGGUGCUGCCUCCUAUGACAAGCUUGCGUCUGCCUUAAAAGAGCAUAAUCUUGGAGAGAUUUGUCGAGACUACUGCCUAAUGGGACACACUCCACUCUUGAAGGAAGAUGUGAAGUUGCGUAAGUAGCAGAAUAAUUUCUUAAGCUCUUUACAUAAACUUAAACUAUCAAGCUCUUCCAUUAACCAUACUUCCAUCCUUUCAACCAUGACCCCAUUCAGGACAAGCAAAUCGAUAGAAGCUGUCUUUCAUACGGCGGUAGCACCUGCUCUUUUAAACCCCGAGUUAAUAACUGAAGAAAACACAGAGAAGUGCACUUCAUAAUGACGAACCCUCAUUAGACUACUUUGAAAAAGUGUUCUGUAUUGUAGAAUGCUAAAUACAGCAUCCGUUAUUGUUGUCAAUCACGCAACCUUUAGUGUCCUGUUGAGUACUGAUUCACAGAUUCUGAACCUCUGUAGUAAACUUCAAACUUGUCAGAGAGGACUUCAGUGUAUUUUCCGAUAUUUGAUAUGUCAUAAGAUAUAAUUCACCUUAUACGUUGCUCAUGUAUUUGUCUCCUUACACAUGUUUUUGUUUGGUUUGUUCAAUAUUAAGCAGGGAACCUGAAGGAAGAACCAAUAGACGAUAAAGCUUUAUCCAGCAUAGCCGCGGCCGUGAUGAAAAAAUGUCAAAGACUGGGUAGGGCACUUGGGAUAAAUAAUGAUCGAUUAGACAAGAUAGCGAUGGACAACCCAAAAGAUGGUUUUGAGCAGUCCUAUCAAAUGUUAAGAGCAUGGAAGCAGGCCAAUGUUUACAAUGCUUCUUACUAUUCCCUUGCACAAGCCUUAUAUGAUCGCACUGUCAAUUUGGGUGUUGUUGUUAAUAGCUUGUGCCUCAAGAAAAUCCAAUGAUAUCGUGGCCAUAGGUGAAACCUUUUCUGAGAAACUUUUCAGUGUGGAAAGCUAGCCAGAAAAAUAUCUCAAGUAUAGUGAAUUUGUUAAACGAUAAAAAUAGAACUAUAUUUAAUCUGAAUUAGUGUAAGGGUUUCCUCAUAUUGGUGUUGGGAAAAAGAAUGGAAAUAUUAUAUUACUUUAAGCCAUUCGAUACAAAAAUUGUAAUAAGACAGGUUGAUUAUUUCUUAUUCCUUUUGGCGGUCUCAUCUAAGUACAAUUUCUUUCACCUUUUUCUUAUUGCGGUUGUGAAUUUGGUACGGAAACGGUUGCUCCGUUUCUACGGUGAUUAGAUCUUGUUGUACUAUUUUGUAAUAAGCUAUGUUUUUAAUUAUGUCAAUUUUCUAGUUGUAAAUCUCUCUAGUGAAAGUUAACCUCGCACAGGAAUUCCUGGAAACUCCUGCUUCUUAUACUAUUGAUUACUUUCAGACUGGUUUUUUUGGUCAAAUUCUAAGUCAAAUUCACGAUUCCAGAAUAUUUCUUAAAUUUCAAAUUAACACCUUCAACACUUCUUCUUAAAGGUGACUCUGAUUGUAAAUAGCUUAUGCUUUUUCAUCUUCGCACUGAAAAUUAAAUUAGAUAAACCAAAUAGUGUUGCUGGGGGCGGUGCUAGCGAACGCCCCUUCUUCUCCGAAUUUUCUGUUUACUCUGUUGUUAUAUAACAAUCCUCUGAGGCUAUUUUCUCGUAAACUAUCUUUUCAAGCGUAAUUUCAAUUCUGCCAAUAGUUUAAUUAUAAUUUUUAUAUUAUCAAUCUUGUCUUUGUUCUGGCCGAUCUAAACCGUAAAAUUAAGAAAUUUAAGGUAGAAGAUCAUUUUGUAAUAGCGUAAACAACUCGAAGGCACAUACUUAUUAUGCAGGGUCUGUCGUACGUAACUUAACGUGAUUCGCUGAUUGAGAUAGAAUGGUGACGAUAGAAGAAAAUUGACAGCUUAGUAGUGUCACCUUUAGUGCCACCUUUAUAAGCUGGUGCACAGUAUCUUUAAAUCAGAGAAUAUAGCAAAACAGAACAGUGUGGACUUAUGUCGAAAGAAAUAAGUUGAGCUGUGGUGAAUAAGAUCAAGACUGGGCUAUUCCCCGAGAGUAAGAAUUGUACUAGGAGCUCAACCAGGAAAUAAGGGAAAUUCAACCGAGUGUUAGAGAGUAAUUCUUCUAACAAAUUUUACAUACUUAAUCUUUGGUAGUAAUAUGCAAUCUUUUGGUGGCAAGAAUUUAGUUGUUAGACUGUAUUCAUUAGAGUACUAAAAAGUUUGAUGGUCUUUCCACAAUCCAAGUGGUGUUCCUAAUUUUUUAAAUUAGGGUCUGAUAUUUUUAUUUUGUUGUCAUUGUUCACUGCUGGUGUAGUAGUAGUAGUAGUAGUAGUAGUAGUAGUAGUAGUAGUAGUAGUCACGUGAAUUUAAAGACAUGGAAAAGCUUUGUACCAUAUUUUUACAUACAUUUGAAGUUGGUACAUUCAAAAUACUCUAAAUGUGUAUCCUAUUCUAAACAAUCAGUUUGUGGGAACGAGCAAAAAAGCUGGGUCAAGAGCGCGAAAAUGUAAUUUGUGAUAAUCGUAAUUAGCAAAAAUUAUUAUUUUGCCGGCACGUAUCAGAGGACUGAAGGGAGGUCUACAGUGCGAGGAAAGUUAUGGGAUGGUAGUUUAUAAUAAUUAUUUGAGAUCGUUAGUAGGGCGAGGUAUUAUGCGGGUAGCCUUUGCUGUGUUAAGUUGGUAGGUUUCAUUUUCGUAUAAAUUUAUUUAGUGUUUUUUUUUUUCUGGAAUAUCGUCAUGUUCACAUCAGCUGUACUCGCAUGCUUCCUUAAGUAACUGUUAUCUACUUGUUUAUAUCAUGUUAUUCAUAGGGUCCCCUAAGACCCGUAGGGUGGCACCACUGUUGGUACACGUUCCCUUUUUUUCCUACUGCCGGUUUUAGGGGUUUUCGUGUUCGACUGCAUUUAGUUUCCUUCACUGAACUGUAAUUGUGAUAAGCACUUGUACGCAUAAUGGCGUUAAAUAAACGGUACAGUGACUUGGCUCGCCAAUGCGCCCAUAUAUCAACAAUUUUUGUGCCCGGUUGAGUAGUGGGGGCAAAAUAACCAAGGGGAACUAAGGAAAUGAAUGGUAGGACUUGGUCCUUAGAAGCUUUUUAUCUCCACUGACUGCGGAAGAACCUGGCAUUGGCUACUCAAAAAAUAUAUUUUUUCAAUGAAAAAAAAGAACUUCAUUUGAAUAGUAUUCAAUUCCAUGCCCUUUAUGGUAAAAAAAAUAAUUUGUACUUGUGAUUAACUAGAUAAAUCAAGCAAACAAAAGAAUCCAGUUCAUUACGAUUAUGCACUCUUUGUUUGUGAGUAAUAAAUGUGCAACUUUUUUGCAGUGC